UCUUAAGCAUCAACACUCAACACAUUCUUAUCUUAAACUUGAAAGCUUUUCCUUGCUCUAGUUCUUACAUACAUACAGAAAAAAUGGGUUUCCGUUUACCUGUUAUUCGAAGGGCAUCAUCAUUCUCAGCUAGCCAAGCAGCUUCAAAAUCUGUGGAACUCCCAAAAGGGUAUCUUGCAGUAUAUGUUGGAGAGAAUCAAAAGCGUUUUGUGAUCCCUGUAUCAUACUUGAACCAACCUUCAUUCCAAGACUUGUUGAGUCAAGCUGAAGAAGAAUUUGGAUAUGAUCAUCCCAUGGGAGGUCUCACUAUUCCUUGUAGUGAACAUGUCUUCGAACGAAUCACUUCUCGCUUGAAUGGGCUAUAAAUCUCAGACUGUAGAAGAUUGACAUAGAUUAGCAUAUACAUGUUGUAUAGAAUAGAUUAGUAUAGAGAAUCAGAUGACAAACUCAAAGAGUAUGUCUACUUUUGUUGAAUAGUGACAAAUUGACAAUGAAUUCAGUUACUCAAUUUUGUGUUUAUCAUAUAGCAUUGUUCACUUGUUCCUG